UAGCCUACUUUUUAAUACAAGGCAGAUUCGGGGAGUGGAAGCCCUACUGCGUUCAGAGGAGAGUCGAGCUUGGAAGCAUUCUUUGCCAAAUGCCGCUUAACACUUGGAGAUAAACACACUCUCAGUCUGAUCGAGCGGGCUGGUAUGGCUGAUAUCCACAUGGCUGUGCCACCUGUUCGGGUGGAGGAGCUGCAGUUCCAUCAGACUCUCUCCUCCUCCACCUCCUUGUUCUCCUGUCCGUCCUCACCCUCCUCCGCCUCCUGCGCCUCAUCUUGCCCUUCUUCCUCAUCAUCUUCCUCCUGCUCCUCCUCGCCAGGAUGCUCCCCCCACCACCGCCACCCCCUGGCCUCCAGCCUGUCUAGCCUGGGCCCAAGCAGCGAGAGUGGGUGUAGUUCUGACGCAAUCUCCCUGGAGACGGAGCCUGUGCCGGAUCUCAUCAUCGACCCUACGGUGGCCCAGAGGGCGUGCCAGGAGGUGCUGGAGAAACUCAGAGGUGUGGGGACGCCCAGCCAGGGAGAGGGUGACAAUCAACACAGCCCUCUUCCCACCUCCCCCUGUGGCACAGACAAUGGGUCAGUCCACCUUGAGGUGGUGGACAGAGGGACAAUUCAAGAGGAGGACGAAGCGGGGGUGGUGGGAGGGUGGGAUGAGAAGGAAGAGGUGCCAGCGGAAGAGACAGGUGGCGACUCCUCAGAUUCUCCAUCAGCAAUGAGUGAAAGUGAGAGUGUGUCAUCACUGUCGUCAUCGUUACCAUCGUCACCACUACCACCAGUGUCAGCAUCAUCAUCAUUAUCUACCUCCUCCUCCUCUUCCUCCUCCACAUCUAAGCAGUCCUGGCUACUGCGUCUCUUCGAGUCCAAACUCUUCGACGUCUCCAUGGCCAUCGCGUACCUCUACAAGUCCAAGGAGCCCGGCGUGCAGGCCUACAUCGGCAACCGCCUCUUCAGCUUCCCCGAGUCGGACGUGGACUUCCACCUGCCGCAGCUGCUCAGCAUGUACGUGCACAUGGACGAGGAGCUGGCCGAGGCCAUCCGGCCGUACCUGCUGCAGCGCUGUACCCAGAGCGUGGCCUUCUCGUUGGAGUGCGCCUGGCUGCUGGGCGCCUACUCGUCCGACAUGCACAUCUCCCGGCAGCACCACUCGCGCGGCAACAAGUUCCGCAAGCACAUCCUCUCCAACCUGCUGCAGCAGACGGCGGGCGGCGAGGGCGUCGAUUCAGCCCCCGGAAGCCCGUCUGAGAGGUACCUGUCGCCGGUCAGGGCUCACCGGCACCAGAGGUCCAAAUCGGACGCUGCCGGGCCCGUUGGGGUCAGGGGUGGAAUAAAGAGAAGUGGCAGUAAUCCCAAAGUGGACGGCAGCCUGGAGGAGCCGGUUCGCCUGACCCCCCAGAGGGAGUUCAUCAAGUCGCUGAUGGUGAUUGGGAAGCGGCUCGCCACCCUGCCCACCAAGGAGCAGAAGACGCAGCGGCUCAUCUCGGAGCUGUUGCUGCUUAACCACAAGCUGCCCGCGCGCUUCUGGCUGCCCACGGCCAACUUCCACCAUCACGUGGUGCGCAUCCCGCACACCCAGGCCGUCGUGCUCAACUCCAAAGACAAGGCUCCAUAUCUCAUCAAUGUGGAGGUGCUUGAGUGUGAGAGCUUCGAGACAUCCUCGAUUCCCGUUCGUAUCCCGGAGACACGGGUUCGCAGCACAUGCUCCACGGAGAACCUCCCCGACUGCGGAGUGGCGGCCGAGGGGCGAUCGGGCGUAGGAGUCGUUACCACGGUGUCCAACUACGACAACGACGACGAGGCAUGGGCUGUGGAUGACAUAGGGCAACUACAAGUGGAACUCCCAGAAGUCCACACCAGCAGCUGUGACAACCUGUCCCAGUUCUCUGUGGACAGCAUCACCAGCACAGAGAGCAAGGAGCCUGUGUUCAUCGCCGCCGGAGACAUCCGGCGACGACUGUCUGAGAACCUCGCACACACCCCCACAACGUUCCGGCGGGAUCCGGAAGAUCCGUCAGCCGUGGCACUGAAGGAACCCUGGGAGGAGAAAGUGAGGCGGAUUAGGGAAGGCUCACCAUACGGCGGUCUACCCAACUGGAGGCUGCUGUCGGUCAUUGUGAAGUGUGGAGAUGACCUGAGGCAGGAGCUUCUGGCCUACCAGGUGCUCAGUCAGCUGCAGAGCAUCUGGGAGCAGGAGCGCGUGCCUCUGUGGAUCAAGCCCUAUAAGAUCCUGGUGGUGUCGUGCGACAGCGGCAUGAUCGAGCCGGUGCUGAACGCUGUGUCGCUGCACCAGGUGCGCAAGCAGAGCCAGCUCAGCCUGCUGGACUACUUCCUGCAGGAGCACGGCGGCCCCACCACCGAGGGCUUCCUGACCGCACAGAGGAACUUUGUCCGCAGCUGCGCCGGCUACAGCCUCAUUUGCUACCUGCUCCAGGUGAAAGACAGACACAAUGGGAACAUUCUCCUGGAUUCGGAGGGCCACAUUAUUCACAUCGACUUCGGCUUCAUCCUGUCCAGCUCACCGCGCAACCUGGGCUUCGAGACGUCUGCGUUCAAGCUCACCAGCGAUUUUGUUGACGUGAUGGGGGGACUGGACGGGGACAUGUUCAACUACUACAAGAUGCUGAUGCUGCAGGGUUUGAUCGCCGCACGCAAACACAUGGAGAAGGUGGUGCAGAUCGUGGAGAUUAUGCAGCAAGGUUCCCAGCUGCCGUGUUUCCACGGCUCCAGCACGGUGCGGCAGCUGAAGGAGCGCUUCCACAUGAGCCUGACUGAGGAGCAGCUCCAGGUGCUGGUCGACCAGAUGGUGGACGCGUCCAUGCGCUCCAUCACCACCAAGCUCUACGACAACUUCCAGUACUUCACCAAUGGCAUCAUGUGAACACACACACACACACAUACACACACAGAGGUACACAUACAAAUUAGCUAAUUAUACACACACAAAACAGCAUGUCCGCAUGGUCAUGAAUUAAGUAGUGCUGUACAGCUGAUUUGAGCGGUUUACGCAACAGCAUAACACACAUCACACGUCGCACACACACACCAGCAGGUUCACAGAGGUGUACAGAGGAUUUUAAUGGUUUACACACACACACACACACACACACACACAAACAAGCUAGCAAGCAGGUCUCCACGCUCAUAAAGAAAGCUGUACUGCACAGCAGAUCAACAUGAUUUACCCAGCAGCUCCAUAUUAACUUAAACACUCACACAUACCUUUUAGUGCCUGUGGAGCCAUGGUCAUUUCGUGUAAUAGGCCUACAUGGUACCCUUUACCGUGUCGAAAUGUAAGCGAAUGACUAGCUAACAUGAUGAGGGAAAUGCAUGAACUUUUUGUCUAUGAAAUGUCCAACAUGUCCCCCAGCAUCCUGUGUGAGACUGGGAGUUACCGUCCAGUGGACACGGGCAGUUUUCAUCUCUGCUCACUGCUUAAUGUGAAACACACACAGACAGACACACACACACACACACACACACACACACACACACACACACACACACACACACACCUGUUUCAUAUUCACAUGAAACACACAAUCGCAGACAUAAUACUGUUAUUCUCGACCAAGAGCGUCAUUGGCUCAUCAUUCCAUCAUUCUAUCAUUCUGGACCAUGUGCUGUAUAGAAAGACUUUCUCUCCCUGUCUUUGUCCCUCUUCAAGUGACAAGACAACAGCAUACACUUACACAUAUACAGAGACAAGACUGUUCUUUAAAAAAAAAAGAGACAAAGGCAUCGUUCCAGAAACAGAGUGACUGUAAUGGUACGGUCCCUGUGAGCUUCUCUGAAUCACCAUCAUCAACUAUCAUCACAGCUGUGUCUGUGACAGCCAGAGACACGUAACAUCUAAUUCCUAACAUCUACGGCCCGGAGUGCAAUCUCAUCGCAACUUAAGACUGAACUGAAACGUUCUGCACAGUUCUCGAGCCCUUUGUGUCGGGGCACGUAAUGGAAUAAGGAACUGCACAAAACAAAGGACUGACUCAUGUCACAGACUGACGCAUGCUAUUGUGUGCUUUCUCAGUCUGUGCAUUGUUGUACAUUUAGCAAAAUUCUGAUUGUAGCAGAAAGCCUGCCUUACAUUAACGGUUCUUACAGUUGGAGAUUUUGCUCUUCUCUCUACUUCAUGUUAUUAUAUGACCUGUCCUAGUUGGGACCAUUUUAUAAUUCAUGCUAUGUAGUGUUUGUAGCUGUUUUGUCCUCUGACGUAUUUUUAACUCGCCUAAUAUUUAUUUAGCCCUGUUUUUGUUGUUGUUUAUCGGACAAGCUGUGAGAAAUUCACAGCAUGCACAUGUAAUUGGUGAACCCAACAUUUCUUAAUGCCUCACAGCGAAGCUUGUUGAGACACUAGUAUGGCGUGGAGUGCACCGUGAGAUCAGAAACACUAAAAAACUGGUUGACCUGUGGUUUCAUAGUGAUGCUGAAUGAUCUGCCCCAAUGAGCAAGUACGGCUUUGAGAACUACUCAGGGGGCGCGUUUCUCAAAACCAUAGUUGCUAACUAAGUUAUCAACUUUGUUGGUUGCAAUGCAAUUUCCCAUUGCCAACCAACUAAGUUGCUAACAUGUUAGCAACUAUGGUUUUGGGAAACACGCCCCAGUUCAUUAUAUAUCUGUUUGUACAGUGUCUUUUAAAGGGUAGCAUCGCAUAAUGGUCCAAGAUCCAGGGGCCACACGUCAUAGAGCAACACUGCUAGAACGUAGUGUUGUCAGACUGCCAGAGAAGGAUGCUGCAAGGCAAGGUUACUGGCUUAUCCACAUAACUUUAGGAGUAACAGCUGAUCUCCAAACAACACACCACUUUACAAACAAUAGCUGCUUAUUGCAGUGUUCUUGUAGAGAUAAGCGGAGGGGCAGAGGAUUUGAGAGAUCAAGUAGUGAGGAACAAGUAUACAUACAGUGGCAUAUCCAACAGUGGAUGUGAGUGUGUUUGGGACUGUCUAAAGCAAGACUUGAAUUUUUAUUUGUUUUGACAGUUCAGCUCAAGGGGGAAAAAAGCACUUCAAAAUGUGAACUGGAAGGUUAUUCUGUGGUCCAAGACCAGUUUAUUUGUGAGUGUGUGUGCUUUAAGUUGACUGUACUGUUUUGUGGCGAAUGUACAUGCUUUGCAGGGAAAGUACACACCUUUCUUUGUUCUGAGCAGUGCAAGGUUUACACCCUAAUAAUUAUUUUCUCCUGCCACAUCAUAUGAAAGGCACCUUUUGGUCAUCACUGACCAUAGUUUACUUUUUCCACUUACUGCAUGUAUAUGAGUUUUGUUAAACUGUUUUUUGUUUUUGUUUAAGCUUGUUUACCAAUGGGAUGACAUUAAAAUGAAUGAAUACUUUAUCUAUGAAACUUAAAACCCUGUUAGCCUGCUGUUUAUGGCAACAGCAUUAUUUUGGAAUACAUGAAAAAAUACAGGAAAAACUUUAGACCAACACUAUAAAGUACCAUAGACUAUACAGUCUAUGUAAAGUACAGUAUCUAGCAUGGCUUGAGCAUAACUAUGUGUAGCUCUUUAAGGCUGGAGCGUCUUAGCUUUCGUAUGACAAGUGUACGUUCCUGAAGGAUGUAAACCACAUCGAUAAAACCUGAUGAGGGACACCUGAUUCAGAGCCAGGGUGAAUUACAUUUAGUUGAAAGGAGGCAUAAACCACACUGUGGUGUGAUUUGCCAUUUCUCAUCUCACUGGCCUGGUGAAAGCUGCAUGGCCAUUAUUGACUGUCCUUCAAGUACAUCAUCUUCAAAUCAAUUACAGGAAAGGGGUACUGCUUGGUGACACUUUUGAUGGCGUUUGCUGGAUAUGUUGGGAGAGUGGAAAGUACGCUUAUCUGUUUUUGAUUUUGAAGGUAACUACAUGAAGUGCAAGUCCAGUAUAAAAAAAAAACAUGUCAUUGCUGUAAUUAACUUUUUACAAAAUGUUUUUCAUUACUAAUAAUUUAAACAUACCUCUUUAAUAUUAACCUUUUUUUUUUUUUAUUAAACAUGACUUUAUAAAAUAUCUAAUGUCUCACACCACAGUGCUUUUUAAAAAAAAAAUUAAUCACUACAUGCAUCAUAUUCCUUUUCUCCAAGCUUUAUAUUGAGGCAAUUCUAAGCUGAAGGUCUUGGUCUGCAAUUGUUUUAUGCAGUGUCUUGAUCAUAUUCUUCCUUUGUUGUAUCAUGUCCAUCUCCGUAUGAAGGUUUACAAUCAUCUGACACAAUCAAUCAUAAGACUUACUGAAGGUAUUUUAAAAGAAAUUAAAAGGAACUUCAAAUAA